UUAUCUUUCAAAUCCAAAAUAUUGUAUCUAUCUCUCUAAUGGCGACCACCGGCGCCGCCGCUGCCACGGCCACUGCCACUGAGAUUGGAAACGCAGAAAUCAAACAGCCUCGAUCGAUAUUUGACUUGCCGGCCGAUUUCUUUGACUCGUGUCGGUUGUCAAAUCCUUCGGAGACUCAAUCGUCGACGUGGUUAAUACCAGUACCACCCGCGGAGGAGGAGAAGAAGAAGAAGAAGGACGGCGUGAUUCUGGAUAGAUGGACCUGUAAUACUUGUAAAAUUGACUUCUCUUCUCUUCAAGAUCAACGCUCCCACUUCAAAUCCGAUCUUCAUCGCCUUAACAUCAAGCUGAGUGUUGCUGGCAAGCCUAUUUUGAGAGAAGAAGAUGUUGAUGAGUUGACGUCUGAAUCUGUCCAAGACUACGAUGUCUCUAGUAUAUCAGGAUCAGAAGACGAAGCUGAGACUAGACACACACUCCACUUUGAUCCUCAAAAGGGUAUUGAUAAAAAGAAGCUUUUUAUUCGUCUUCAAACUGGUGACAAAGUUUCCAUCUGGAAAAGCUUAAUCAUGGACGAGGCUGAAAUGGUGAAUGACAUUGGAUCUUCUUCUAUCGAUGAUUUUGGGAGGAGCUUGGGCGAGAUUGAAGUCACUGAGAGGUUGAGAAAUUUGAUUCCAGAGAAUACGGAUCACAGGCAAAUGUCUGUCGUGUUGCUUGCUAGUGGUGGCCACUUUGCCGGUACUGUCUUUAAUGGAAAGUCGGUUGUGGCUCAUAAGACAUUCCACAGGUAUGUUGUAAGAGCCAAGGCUGGUAAAAAGCAGUCCACAAAAGAUGGAAGCGGCGGGAGGAGUAUACACUCUGCCGGAGCCUCACUUCGUCGUUACAACGAACUUGCUUUAAAAAAGGAUAUUCAAGAGCUGCUUGCUAGCUGGAAGCCUUAUUUUGAUGGUGCUGCUUGUGUUUUUGUUCAUGCUCCCUCAAGCAGUAGGCAAUUACUUUUCAAUGGAGGCAAACCGUACUUUAGCAGCCAAAACUGUGCUGUACGAAACGUUCCAUUUACUAUCCGGCGGCCAACCUUCAAGGAAUCACAGCGUAUAUAUAAUCAGUUGACUCAGAUUGCAUAUGUAAUUGAGGAGAUUUUUAUUAAUCAACCAGAAGACACCAAAGCCAGUACAGUGGUGCAUACCCAUUAUGAGGAUCCUGGCGAAACCUCAAGAAACGAAGAGCCCAAUGAAACUUCUUCUACUAACGUAAUCUUAGAGGAACCAAAUCGUAUAGAAGAGGAUCUCGGGGAUGGAGUUACUGGUACGUCAACUCCCUUGCAUGAAGCUGCUAAAUCUGGUGAUUUUGAAAAAGUUCUGGAGUUAUUGGAGGAGGGUAUGGAUCCUUGUGCUAAGGAUGAAAGAGGCAGAACGCCGUACAUGCUUGCAAAUGAGAAGGAAGUGAGAAACACUUUUAGACGGUUUAUGGCAUCAAACCUUGAAAAGUGGAAUUGGCAUGAUGCUAAAGUACCCAGCCCGCUCACCAAAGAGAUGGAGGAAUCUCAAGCUGCCAAGCAGGCAGAAAAAGACGCCAAGCAGAAAGCAAGAGCAAAAGAGUUGAAGAAACUACGCAGAGCCCGAGAAAAGAAGGCUCAAGCCGAAGCUGCGCAGGCUGAGAAAGAGAAGCCGAUCUCUAAAGUGGAGGAAGUGAGGAGAGCAAUGGCAGCCCAGAGGGAAAAGAGAGCAGCCGCUGCAGAAAGACGGAUGGCGUCACUUAACAUUCAAAGCAGUUCAACGACAACAUAAUUUCCAACAAAUUUUUGAUAUCAUUCAUAUUUUUUUUAGUGUUCUUUUUUUUGUUUCAAUUCUGUACAAUGUAGUAUUAGCCCUGGGCAUAAUAUCCGGUAUCGAAGAAUCCUACCGGAACCGAACCGAUAAAAGCGGUAUCGGGUAGGGUUCGGGUUAAACAGAAUUACCGAAUGGGCUAAGAGACCUUGGUAAAAUAGACUUCGGUUCGGGUUCGGGUUGUAACUUAAGUAUAUUCGGCCACCGUUUUAGAUCCGUUUAACCUAAAUGCCUAAUAAAGCCUUGACCCAUUAAGGC